AUGUACCAAGCCAGAUCGCAGAAGGCUGCUGUAGAAUUCCUCUGGAAUGGUGCACAACAAUCCGGUGAGUCGGAAGAUUCAAUAACGGAAGCUAUUCUGGGUUUCUCCAAGAAUGAAUUCGCAUACUGGGAAUCGAAUUUGCUCUGGUCGUUGAAAAAAUUUAACGAUUUAAAUAAGCUUCUAGUUCUAUGGGAUAUGGUAGCUGCAAUGUUGGCGUUCAAGCAAUCAAUGCCAGAGUUUGUUGAAUUGGUAUUAACCAAAUGGCUCUCUGUGUCAUACCUUGGAUUUCAUGAUGAUAUCCCCAUGGAAGAUCUUGUGCCGAAGAUCUCCAAACGCUUCUCUACUGUUCCUUACAGGCUAUUACUUACACAUUCUCAAUGUAAUCUCCAGACGUGUAAUGUUAUCAGAGCUCAAAAGGGAGGAAAUCAACAGAAAACUGCAAGUUUCUCGGCUUAUCUAAGCGCUGAGUCAUCUCCAGGUACUGUUUUCUCUUCCACUGGGAAUUGGCGUCCAACUGGAUUGGCUCAGUUGCAACAGUGGGUUGAGGUAAAUCACGAUAUUGUCUCUCGUCAGCUCGAAACACUUUCCGCGCAAGUAAAAUCUAGUCUAACAAGAUCAAGUAACAGCACAGAAANCGCAUUAGAGGAAGAGAAAUGCCCNUAUUGCGCCGCGCCUGUCCAUUUCCACUCANCAGAAGAAGNUUUUUGNCAAUCUCCGCACCAAAACAAGAAGAAGAGCAAAGACAAACAGAGAUGUGAUCAAAGUCACGAGCUUGAGAGGUGUUGUGUCUCAAUGCAAGUAUGUCCACCAACUCCUUUAUGGUUCUGCAAAUGCUGCAGCCGAAUGACUUUAGAACUCGCUCCAGAGACCUUAUUUGCAUUGCCUUCGUUCCCGAGUGAUCUCAAAUCGCUUACGGAAUCUUACUUUAGCAAUGUUGCCACAAAACCAUUCUGCCUCUUCUGUGGAAUUCUCUUGCAGAGAAAGCAGCCAGAGUUUCUGCUCUCUGCUUCACCUGUGUGA